CAGGAUCUUUCCAGUAUGGCUCGAAGGGAAGUCUCACUUCAACCACUACAAUUUGCUUCGAACAUGCAUCCCAUACGCUCCAAUCGUAUCUCUCGCGGAUGAAUGUGUCUGACACACAGAGCACACCGUCGUGCGGCACAAACCCAGUCAGUCGACUGAUCUGACCGUGCCGGCUGGGGAACUGUCGAUUGCUAUAGGCCUUCUACUUGUGCAAGAGAGACAGCAAAGCGGUCAACCGUUCGAAUUUACCUUCAAGAAGUCUUCUCGGAUCGGUGCCAACAGUCGAGACGCGGUUCGAAGAAAUCUUGGAUCAUCUGCCGGACCAUCUCCCCUCAUUCAGCUCGACCUUCGCUCUCCACAAGCCCCACGCUUCACCCCGGACAAGGAAAUGAUCCAUGCUCUUGAGAGGCCUCUGACCCCUGUUCUGGUGCCUCCAGUGAGCAUAGUGAGCAUGAUGAUCCGUACGAGUACAAGCAAAGCGGCUGGUAGGAUGUGCAAGAUCCACAACUUCGUACAUACAACAACUACGAAGUUCCCGAGCGUCGACAAACCCGUUUGCCAGCUGACCUGACACUUAACAUUUCCUGGCAACUAGGUGAAGCGAACAUACAUAUGCUCGUUAACAGACUUGGUCUGGUUCCGACUAGUUAGCUUCUUCUCUUCUGACGGUACAUACCGAGAGUGGCCAGCCAGCAAGGCCAAGUUAACGAGACGCAUACCGACUUUCCUCCUUGUGGCAGCAAGCAAGCCUCGGAGGUUUAGAGGGUCCUCAGUAUUAAAGAAUGGGUGAUAUCAGUGACGUCGACGUCGCAGCCUACGCUCCUCGCAGUGUACUGGAGAACCUACCUUGCACUCUGCCAGAGUCACAAUUUGGAGCCGACAUUGAUUUUGAAGAAGUCGCCAGCUCUUCUGUUGAUUCCCUCAAUCACCUGGACAGAGCCGCUAUCUUGCCCUCCUCGAUAUGGCGAGACGUAUUUGCUCUGACCGGCACCAUACGAACAUUCUACUCCUCAGAGUCAAUCGUCAACGCUUGGUCCGAAACUUCUUCAAACCGACAAGCGGGCGAUUUCUCCAUCAUAAAAGGUUCAGCAAAGCCGAUACGCCUCGACAAGGAAACAGGAUGGGUUAAUGUAGUAUUUACAUUUCGCAAUCAAGCCUCUCCUGCUGCACAAUGCCAUGGGUUCUUGUCACUUGUCUUGGAUCAGGACGGAAAAUGGAAGAUCUGGCUCAUAAGAACUGUCCUCGAGCAGUUGGAAGGUUGUAAAGAUGUCGACCAGCUUGUGCCGAUCCAGGAGGCCUCCAACGGCGUCCAUCCGCACACUGACGGCGGUGUAGAUGCAAACCACCAGUCAGUCAAUGGCAAGACCGACUCGUCACAACCUUUUGACUGUGUCGUCGUGGGUGGCGGGCAAGCGGGGCUGUCCACUGCUGGCCGUUUACAAGCCCUAGGCAUCUCCUAUGUCGUCUUGGAUAAGAAUGCCAAAAUCGGAGACAACUGGAUGACGAGAUACGAGUCUGCGAGACUGCAUACUCCUCGCGAGUACAACCACCUCCCAUUCGACCGGACAUUCCCCUUGCCGUAUCAGGAGUUCCUUACCAAAUACGACCUCGCACGGGGAUACAAGGACUGGGUCGAGAAAUUCGACAUCGGUAAAAACAUCUGGUUCGGCACAACGCUCGAGUCCGGUACACGGGACGAAAGUCAAAGGACAUGGAAGCUCCUUGUACGCCGCGGAGGGGACUCGACGCAAACGUUAACCUGCCGGUACGUGGUCAUGGCCACCGGCGGAGGCGGCCAGAUCCCCAUCAUGCCGACGUACCCUGGCCGGGAGGACUUCCAAGGAACCGUGCUGCACUCGGCGGAGUACAAGUCGGCAGAACCCUGGCGAGGUAAAGCAGGAGUUGUGGUUGGCACGGCGAACACCGCACACGACGUCGCGGAAGAUAUGGUCGAGGCGGGACUAUCGUCCAUCACCAUGGUCCAGCGAACACGCACUUACGUCCUUCCAUGCGAAUACUUCAAAGUCAUCAGCGACCGGUCAUACAACGCGGAUGUGCCCACGGUUGACGCUGACCGGGAACAGUACUCGAUGCCAUAUGUGAUUGGCAGGCUGAUGAGCCGAAAGGCCUUGCACGCAGCGGCGUCAACGGAGCCUGAGCGCUUCGAUGCGCUUGAGAAAGCCGGCUUCAGGGUCGAACGGUACGGUGAUAUCAUGUACCAUAUCCUCGAGAAACUGGGCGGCCACUAUAUGGAUGUGGGCUGCUCGGACAAGAUUGCAAAGGGUCUGAUUAAAAUGAAGGCCGGCGCCCUUCCGACACACUACACUCGGACUGGUCUUGCCUUUAGCGACGGGACAGAAAUCUCGGCAGAUGUGAUCAUUUUCAGCACAGGCUUCGUGGGCAACGUGCGAACCGACGUCGGACAGAUCUUCGGCAAGGAAGUGGCUUCCCGUGCGGAUGACUUCUGGGGACUGGACGAGGAGGGUGAAUUGAAGGGCGUGUUCAAGAGGAACAGUCAGCUUGACUUGUUCUACAUCGGUGGUACCAUUGGGCAUAGUCGGUAUUUCUCGCGGUUCCUGGCCUUGCAGAUGAAGGCCGACUUGAUGGGUACACCGCUCCCCGUCUACAAUGGCGAAAGGCGGAAGCAGGCGGUGAACUGAGCACUGGUGAAAAAGGACAGUCAAUAUAUCAUGGGAAUGCCCAUCGCAUCAGUUCUCCUCUCCUGGCACAAGCGAACCCGAGCGAGAUCAUGAUGGUACGUUAGGUUGCAUGAUUUAUUGGAAGUCCCCAAAGGCCAUACACCCCCUAAGACUCACUGUCAGCCUUGCCGAACG